UGUUUUUCUUAUAGAGGUGUGAGAAGUCGUUCAAGGAGUUAUGUCUGGUCGUGGCAAGGGUGGGAAGGGGUUAGGUAAAGGAGGCGCUAAGAGGCAUCGGAAGGUGCUUCGUGAUAAUAUCCAGGGUAUAACUAAACCUGCUAUCCGUCGCCUGGCUCGUCGCGGUGGAGUCAAGCGCAUUUCGGGCUUGAUCUAUGAAGAGACUCGUGGUGUGUUGAAGGUGUUCUUGGAGAAUGUGAUCCGUGAUGCUGUGACUUACACAGAGCAUGCAAAGAGAAAGACUGUAACCGCCAUGGACGUCGUCUACGCACUGAAGCGGCAAGGCCGCACACUGUAUGGUUUUGGAGGCUGAUUCUCAACAACACCCGCCGAUAUAACAAAGGCCCUUUUAAGGGCCAC